AUGAAAGUGAAUAAAAAACAUCAUUUAGACAACGAGUGUAUAUUUAAUAAUUGCACUCCUCUUUCUACACCUAAAAGUAUAUCAUAUAUUAUGAAUUCAAAUGAAUGUUAUGAUUAUAAAAUAAAUAAACUUGAAUAUAUAAGUUCUUUAAAAAGAUAUCCGAAAGAAUAUAAUAUAUUUAAAAAUAGUGAUAUUAUUUGUCAUAUAUUAUCAUUCUUAACAUUUACAGAUAGAUGGAAAUAUAAAUUAUUAAAUAAAUCUUUUUAUCAAGCAUUCCAUACAAAGUAUGCAUGGAUAAGUGUUGAUUUCCGUUUUCUUAAUGUUGAUUUAUUUAAUUUUUUUAAUAAAUAUAAUAAACUUUUUUUAAAUACUUUUUCUUUAUCUAUGUCUAUUACUGGAGAUCAAACUGUAGAAAUGGUCAUAAAUUUUAUUUUUAAACAUUUUAAUAAAUUAAAAGAUUUAAGAUUAUAUUUCAGAAAAAAAAAUACAAACUUUAUAUAUGAAGGCGUACAUCCUAUAGUAUCAAAUUUGUUAAACUGCAAAUAUUUAAAGAAUAAUAAUAGGCAAGACAUGCAUAAAAGAAAAAAAAAAAAUCAGUUCUCUCAAAAAAAAGAAAUUACAACAAAUAAUAACAAAAACAAUGAUAAUAAUAACAAUAAUAAUAAUAAUAAUAAUAUUAUUAUUAAUUGUAAUGAAUAUUGUAGUGAGGAAGAUGAUUUACAAACGCACAAUAUUUCUCAUGACGAACUUAUAGAAGAAGAAAAUAACUCAAAUAUAUUAAGACAUACAAAAAAAAAAAAAAUAAAUAAACAAAUUCAUACAUCUACCACAAAAAAAGAAAAAAAUAUAGAACAUGUACAUAAUAAUUAUAAUUCAUUAUUAGAUAAUACUAAUCAUUAUAACGAUAUUCAUAAUAAUCUGUGUGAUGAUAACAUUAAUAAUAAUGAAGAAUCAAAUACACCAACACAUAGUUCUAUAGAUAAAGAAUACACUCCAUUUUCUUAUGAACAUAUUGAUUGUAGUUUUGAAUUGAAUGAUCUUGUUUUACAAAAUAAUUAUUAUCAAAAAUAUUUAGAAAAAAAAAACAAAGAGAAAAAAAAAAAUGAAAUUAUAGAAAAGUAUCUUCAUAUUAUACAAAGUAAAAAAAUAUGGUCAUCAAAAACUUUGAAUAUCUCUAACAAUUUUGAAUGUUUAGAAAGACUUAUUAUUGAUGUAGAAUUAAAAGGAGAAGAACUUUUAUGUUUUGUAGGAAAAUUUAAUAAUUUAAAAGAUAUUAUUAUCAGUAAACUUGUAUAUUCUAAUAAAUUAAAUAGAUCACAAAGUAUUAUCAUAUUUACUUCUUUUAUAGAAAAAAUGAAACAAAAUAAUAUCAGACUUAUACAACUAGGUUUAUAUUUCAGAAAUGAACAAAAACCUAUCGAUUAUUUAAAUAAUGAAAAAUUCAGAAAAAUAUUAAACGAAAGAAAAGAAUAUGUAUAUGAUAUUAAUAAAGAGGAGGGAGAUGAACUUAUUUACAUCUUACAAAAAAAUCAUUUAAAUUCUUUGUACUGUCUAUGGAGUAAUGAUUUGUUUAUAUCUUUUGAGAUGUAUGAACAAAUCAAAAAGUUCAAUAAUUUAAAAAUAUGGAUACUCCCCGGAUGGCGUGCCUUAUCACUAGCAAAACAGUAA